UUUCUUCUCGACAUUGACCUCGGGCUUUCAUCGCGGACUUUGGAGGUCCGAGUUAAGGUAAGGAUUAGGUUUAGGUUUCUUUGGGCUCUUUUGCUGCACUAAUUGGAUUCGAAGGAUCUACUCUUGACAGCAUUGCCUGUCGAAAGGUUAGCUUCUAAGUGUAAGAAGAUCGAAGAAAAGCAAUGCGGGCACCAUCAAUCCUGGCACAGUGCUGGUCAGGGUUGUUACUACAUGACAGGGAAAGCCAUGGUGCUAAUCUAAUUUGUGAAAGAGACAUACAUCUUCCUUCUCCAGCAGUUGAGAUUCUUCCUUCAAAGCAUGCUCACCCCUACAAGUAUGCUGGAGAGAAUGUUGAUUUGCAAGGCCUCAAUGUCUUCAAGGGCAGAGUUAGUGUGCCUGAUAUUUUAGGUCUCUCUAGUUCUGAGACAUUAUCUUCAAAAACUGAAGGUUCUCUGAAAUCCUGGGAGAGUUCGAUUGAUCUUGUAAAUAUUCUCAAGCAUGAGAUUCGUGAUGGGCAAUUGAACUUUAGAGGCAAACGGAUUCUAGAGCUUGGUUGUGGUUAUGGGCUUCCUGGGACUUUUGCUUGCCUGAAGGGUGCUUCCACCGUGCAUUUUCAAGAUCCUAGUGCAGAAACCAUAAGAUGCAAGACUAUACCGAAUGUCCUUGCAAAUCUUGAGCAGGCAAAGGAUAGGCAGAGCCGCCAACCAGAAAGCCCCCUUACUCCAUCUCGACAACAGUUGGCUCAUGAUGUUCAUUUCUAUGCUGGGGAUUGGGAAGAGCUCCACACGGUCCUGUCAGUGGUGCAGGGUGAUGGGUUUGAGCUGGCACCUGGAUUGGGCCUCGGUUUCUCGGAGGAUGAUUUCAUGGAUGGGUGUAGCAGUCAGGAUGGGAGCAUCAUUGGUCAUGAAACCUCCUCUAGGCGGUCAAGGAAACUCUCUGGAAGCCGCGCAUGGGAGAGGGCAAAUGAGACAGAUCCUGGUGAUGGUGGAUAUGACAUUAUAUUAAUUACUGAGAUCCCUUACUCGACAAGCUCUUUGCGGAAGCUAUAUGCUCUCAUAAAAAAGUGCCUACGGCCACCUUAUGGAGUGUUGUAUUUGGCUGCGAAGAAGAACUAUAUUGGUUCGAAUGGUGGAGCUCGGCAGCUGAAAGCCCUAGUGGAUGAGGAAGGCAAUUUUGGUAUCCAUGUUGUUGCUGAACUUUCAGACAGAGAAAUCUGGAAAAUUUUUUUCAAGUAAUUUGGGGUGCAAAGAGGAGGAAAUUAUACUCCUGGCUUCAUAAUUCUGCAAUUAUCUACGAAGAACCAAGUCUGUAUAUAUAGUGUUAGCACAAACAUUUUUGUUUGCUUAAUAAUGAUUUCCUGGAUCACAUGAUCCACAGGCAUGCAGAUUUGUGUCACUGCUAAUAUUUCGUAAAUCUUGUCCUUUUUUAUAUAUAUAAUGAUAUGUGCACCAGAACAAUAUUUUUGUAGAAUCUUCAUUAUAGAAUUUUUUAUCU